GCGAGAGCAUUUUCGAAACGUUUCGCAGAAACUCGGUUGCGUCCCAAAUCGAGUCUACAAAAUUAUUUAAGCGCUUUGUGGUGCGAGCUCGUCCGCCAUAUUCUAGCCUUCGUGCUGGGUGCGUUCUCGUCGUCGUCGUCGUCGUUCCCCUCCUCGGCGUUAAUUUGGGACGAGGCCGCGGUCACAGACACAGGGAGUUGUCGACUCGGCCCUAAGUUUUUUUUUCCUCCGGACCGAGCGAGCAACAAACAGAAGUUGUGUGUUUUUAAUUUUUUAUUAUCUCAGACGAGUGUUUAUUAAAACCCUGAAUUUUGACGACUUUCCUCACGCAGGGUGGAAUGAAAUGCUGCUGCGCUCGUGACUCGAAAGGUCCAGUAGAGAUCCAGUCCGGUGACUCUGAGCGGAGACAAGCGUCCCGGUCUCACGAUCCAGUCCCACCGCCAUGUCUUAACGUCCCGCCCUCUCCUCUAGAAGCCCUGCCCCUCCCUCCCUCCCCUCCCUCUCCCCCCUUUUCUCCCUCUUCCCCAUCCUCAUCUUCCUCGACUUCUCCCGACUCUACUGUUCCCUACAGAGAGAUGAGUCUGCACCAUCACCAAACCCAGGACUCGGAGCGGGACCUUCCCUCCUCCUCCUCCGUCAGAAAGACGCCAAAAAAGCGGGGGAUCUCGCUCCGUUCGCUUUUCCGGAGGCGCCGCUUGGACCCAAAGUCGCGUAAGUCUCGAGCGCAGGCUGGAGGCGUGGAUGGCAUCGCUAGCAUCGAGAGUGUGGUCCAGUCAGAAAUGCAACAACAACAACAACAACAGCAGCAGCAGCAGCAGGAUGUAGCGUCCACAUCCACGGUCUCCUCCGCCUCAUCCGUGUCUUCCGAGUUCCUGGAGUGUCCCCUGUGCCUGCUGCGCCACGCCAGAGACCGCUUCCCCGACAUCAUGACGUGUCACCAUCGCUCGUGCGCCGACUGUCUGAGGCAGUACCUGCGCAUCGAGAUCUCGGAGAGCCGUGUGAACAUCAGCUGCCCCGAGUGCUCCGAGCGCUUCAACCCCCACGACAUUCGCAUGAUCCUCGGGGACCGCGCCCUCAUGGAGAAGUACGAGGAGUUCAUGCUCCGGAGGUGGCUCGCCGCGGACCCCGAUUGUCGCUGGUGCCCCGCCCCCGACUGCGGCUAUGCUGUGAUUGCGUUUGGCUGCGCGAGCUGCCCGAAGAUCACGUGUGGACGUGAGGGGUGUGGCACAGAGUUCUGUUAUCACUGUAAACAGCUGUGGCACCCGAACCAGACGUGCGACGCCGCGAGACAGCAGCGAGCUCAGAGCCUGAGACUGAGACCCUUCAGGUCCUCCUCACUUAGCUACAGCCAGGAGAGCGGCGCUGCGGCAGACGAUAUAAAGCCCUGCCCCCGCUGCGCCGCAUACAUCAUCAAGAUGAACGACGGGAGCUGCAAUCACAUGACCUGCGCCGUGUGCGGCUGCGAGUUCUGCUGGCUCUGCAUGAAGGAGAUCUCCGACCUGCACUACUUAAGUCCUUCAGGCUGCACCUUCUGGGGUAAGAAGCCAUGGAGCCGGAAGAAGAAGAUCUUGUGGCAGUUGGGGACGCUGGUCGGAGCGCCCAUCGGCAUCGCGCUGAUCGCCGGCAUAGCCAUCCCGGCUAUGAUCAUCGGGAUUCCUGUCUACGUGGGCAGAAAGAUUCACAGCCGAUACGAAGGAAAAGAAAUCUCCAAGCACAAGAGGAACCUGGUGAUUGCGGGCGGCGUGACGCUGUCUGUCAUCGUGUCGCCGGUGAUGGCUGCUGUAACCGUUGGUAUCGGAGUGCCCAUCAUGCUGGCUUACGUGUACGGCGUGGUCCCCAUCUCUCUGUGCCGUAGUGGAGGCUGCGGCGUGUCUGCGGGAAACGGAAAAGGAGUGCGAAUCGAGUUCGACGACGAGAACGACAUGAAUGUGGGCGGAGGCGCCGCAGCGACAGACAGUACGUCGGUGGCGGAGACAAGGCAGAACGCGAGUAUCGGGGGGAGCGUGGGCGGUCUGACGGGCAGCCUGAGUGCUAGCGGGAGUCACAUGGAGCGGAUCGGAGCCAUGAGGGACAACGUAAGCGAAAACGCCAGCACCAUGGCGCUUACAGGAAGUCUUUCAGGCAGCACCGUGGGCCACUGCUUCAACAGGUUGGAGGUUCAGGCUGAUGUACAGAAGGAGCGCUGCAGUCUGAGUGGAGAGUCGGGUACAGUCAGUUUGGGGACAAUCAGUGACAACGCAAGUACCAAAGCCAUGGCUGGAUCCAUCCUUAAUGCCUACAUGCCUCUGGACAGAGAGGGCAGCAGCAUGGAGGUGCAGGUGGAUGUGGAGUCUAAACUCGGGAAGCUGCGACACCACAGCGGCAGCAGCAGCAUGGAGGAGGGCAGCACCGGGGGCAGAGCCGUCUGCUCCUCCACCUGCCCCCACGAUGGCAAAUACGGCUCGGGGAAAAAGAGCAAGGGCAAGAUGCGCAAGAAGACGGGCAGCACCAAGAUCAACGAGACGCGGGAGGAUAUGGAUGCGCAGCUGCUGGAGCAGCGCAGCACCAACUCGAGCGAGUUCGACUCUCCAUCCCUGAGCGGCAGCCUGCCCUCUGUCGCCGACUCGCACUGCAGCCACUUCUCAGAGUUCAGCUGCUCCGACCUCGACGCCUCCCGUCCCCCCAACGCCAUCAGCCCUCUCCCUGAGGUGGAGAAUGACCGCUUGGAGAACAGCCCCGCCCCCCGUGCACUCUGCUCCGCCCCCCUCAGCCCGGGGAGCUCCCCUAAAGAACGCAAUAACAACGCUGCUCAGGCCGGCACCCCGGCGCGCAACGUCUGUAUUCAAACUGAGAUUUAGCGCUCAAGCUAACACAAUGCUAGCUUUCUACCCUAACCUGCCUCGAGGUUGCACAUGCACGCACACACACACUUACCAGUUUUAUAAUAUGAUUAAGAAUAAAACUCCGCAGGUCUUCACUUUGUCAUUGUCAGGUGUGAUGAUGACGAAAGGAUGUGACUGUACAGACUCGAGAGGUUAAGCAGGUGUGACAGCAGGUGAUUGACAGGUGUGGAUUAUGUGAGGUGAUGUAGCUGUCGAUCACAUUAACGCCUCUACUCCAGCCGUGAUGCAGGGCUCAUCCGAGCGUGUGCCGAUACUUAGUCGCCGUGUCAUGACCACGCCCACUGACCUGAAACUCAAAUACGGCCUUUUGUUGAUUUAAAUUUCCUACGCACAGGAACCUCCCAUUAUAAGGGGUCACUGUAGUUUAAAAACUCUCAAAUUUACGCGGUUCUCUGGUAACCCUUUUGUUCCCGCAGAGCAAAUGACGAUCCGGUUCGAGUGCCGUCUCUAAAAGUAUUGUUCGAUUGUAGUCGUGGUUACGUAGUAACAGAAAGCGUUUGUUUUGAUCUCCAGACCAGAUCUCUACGUCCCUGUGUUUUUUUUUUUUUUUUUUUUUUUUACUUUUUUGUUAUUAAUACCCUCCUUGUGUUAAACCUCGCUGAGCAAUCCAGCGUCGUUUCGGUCAGUAAAACACCGAAGUCUGUUGUUCUGGUGAAGGAGUUCCUCGAGGGUUUCGUCUGGGACAUCUGCUGACCAGGAAACAAACCAAAGAACUUUUUUUUUUUUUUUUUUUUUUUUUUCCCCUCCCCUUUAUUCCACUUGGAGAGUUUUUAGAGUCUGAUAUCUGUAUUAUGCGUGUUGAAUAUAUCGUGACGCAUCACUGAUUAUCGGCACACACACACACCUACACAUAUGCACAUAGGCCCGGUUCUAUCUGUGGUUGGAGGCUUUUUGUUUUUUAUUUGUAACUUUGUUUGAGCAAGGUGAGAUGUUCUGCAGAAGUUUGAGAUGUUCUGGAAAUGUUUCCUUAGAGGGACCAGAAGGAAGUUAAGCAGAUUGCUUUUUUUUUUUUUUCUGUCUCAGUAAUUGUUAUUGUAAAUGAUUAUAUAUAUUUUUUUCUUUUCCUUGUUGAAGGUAUGGUUGUUUUUGAUUUGCUUACUCUUUUAUUUUCCAUUUUGGGAAAGGUCGUUAUGUGUCCAAGCGCUGUGUUUGGGUCAAAACUUACAAUACAAACCCAUCUGGGAUAUCACUCGCUCUCUAUCAUACAUAUACACACACCGACAUAUGUUCAGGUCAGACACAGUUACUACGUGACUCUGGGUUCGUGCCCAUAUGGACUCAUGGUGCCUUUUGGAUUUCUUGUUCCUCUGUUCUGUGUCUUUCAGAAUAACAAAUAAAAAGAGAAUCAACGCCAACCCGAGUGCAUGAA